UUUCUUUUUAUUUUUUUUUCUCCUAUAAUUUGUUUGUUUAUUUUCUUUUUUAAUUAUUAUUUUAAAGAUAGAAAACAGAGAGAGAGAGAGAGAGGGGGGAGAGAGAGAGAGAGAGCGAGAAAGAAUACCUCGAGUUUCUUCGCUAUACGAUAAAAAAUUAGUCAUUCGACAUAGAUCGAUUAUUAGGACGUAUUGUAUACAAUAAUUCAAAGUGUUUGAAUAAAAGCUUAUUUAUUGGAGACAAAAGAUACAUAUCUUUUGUGCUUUUUUUUUCUUCUCUUUAUCCUUUUAAAUUAAUUUUUCACGUUUCCCACGCUCCUUUUGCCCUUCUCUAUAAUUCGUCAAAUAAAAUUCGUCCUUAAUAUAAUGCUUAAAGAUCAUUAAUUAUUCCGUAUCGAUGUAAUACCGGUGUUCUGAUUAUAUAAAUAAUAAUACUGAUUAUAUAAAUAAUAAUACUUGAUGAUGAUAUCAAAGUAUGAUUAAUCCAAACGCAAAUAUCGUGCACGCGCAAGUAUAUAUAUAUAUAUGUAUAAAUAUGUAUACAUAUAUAUACACAUAUAUGAUUGUAAAUAAUUUUUUUUCUCUUUUAUUUCUUUUACCAUCAAUAAUUAUUCAUAAAUCGAUAUAUCGGUGUUGACGUGAUACUUGAGUCCAACUGAUUAUAUAAAUAUUCAAUGAUAGCAUUAAAAUAUAAAUAAUCAAAUGUAGUAGCAAUUAAUAUUGUAAAUGUGUAAAAAGGUGCAAGGUCAAGUUUUUUUUUUGCUAAAAAGGAAGACAUGUUAACAAUAUUCCGUUUAAUGUACAUUUUCUUAUCUUUCUUCUCUUAUUUUUUCUUUUCCUUUCUUUUUGUCUUUUUUUUUUUUUUUUUUGAACUUGAAAUAAACUUUUGCUCACUAACUCGCAUUUUUGACGCGACCACUCAUUUUCUUAACUCAAAAAUUAAAUCCAGUUGGUCAAAUAAAUUUAAAUGGUUUUUGAAAUCUCUAUCAAAUAUUUAUUAGAGAAAAGCCGACUAUAUCAGACUGAUUCAUUCUAGAAUGACAUUAUAUACACAAUCUUUCAAAGAUCUAUUUGCAUACGCGUCUAUUAUCGGUAACAUUUAUCUUUAUAUUAUCGUUUUAAUGAUCGUUCAAUUAAUUCACAAUAUCUCAACUACCGUAAACAAUGUUUAUUAAAUAAUUUGAAUGUUUAAGUAUUAAAAAGUUUGAAGAAGAAAAAAUAUACGAAUAGUGUUCUUUUAUUUCGGAAAAAAAGGAAAGAAAAAAGAAAAUAAAAAAGAAAAGAAAAAAAAAAGGAAAAACGUAGAGUACUUGAAACGAUGUACUUCAUGAGUUAUUAUAUUACGUACUCGUGUUAAAUAUGCAAUGGUAUUUCAAUAAACAUAUGUGCAAAACUAUUCGUUUGUAAAACUGUUCUGUUACAAGGACGAUAAAUAAUAUGUUACGCUUGUUGUGUUACGUUUAUUACAGAGUAUAAAAAUGAAAGAGAAAAACGGAGAUACACAGAAAGAGAGGCAGAGAGAGAGAGAGAGAGAGAGAGAGAGAGACAGAGAGAAACAGAGAGAGAGAGAGAGGGAGAGAGAGAGAGACAGAGAGACAGAGAGAGAAAGAAUUAUGUUCAUUAAUAUCGAAAAUCACGAAGUAAAAGAGAACGGUUACAUAUCGAUGAUAAUAUUAAAUUUAGCGAUGAAGUACGAUUAUAAUCGGAACGUUCACGUAAUGCCGCCUGUGAAAUCUUAUCUAUGAGGCUUUUAACAAGGUAGGCGUAGAACGUGGUGUAGUAUGUGCGUGACUGGCGUGUUAACAUUGUCUAAUCUCUGUGGUUAAGCAAUACAUAUUUUCAUUGAUUUUGAAUUUAUAAAAAAAAGAAAAAGAAAAAAAAAGAAAGAAGUCUUUUUUUUUAAUAAAGAAUUAAAAUAUCAAAACUCGUUAUGAACGAAACAAAAAGUACUGUCGAUGUUAUAUUAAACGAACAUAAUUCCGUUAAGUUGCGUAAUAUUGAAAGAUUUCGAUCUGACAAUGAUAUUGUUAAUGAUGAUGAUGAUGAUGAUGAUGAUGAUGAUGCUAUUGCCAAAGAAUCGCAAGACGGAAGAAGACGUUUUAUAUCUGACGAUGAAACAGAGAAGAAGAAGAAAUUUAUAGUUAAAUACAAAGGACGUAUUUACGAUAUUCGUGGAUUUUUAAAUUAUCAUCCGGGUGGUAAAAAGACACUUAGUUCAUACAAGGAAAAACAUUUGGAUCGUGUUUUAAAAGAAUAUCCACAUUCGGAUGCGGCUUUACAUUUGUUUAAUGAAUAUGCAUUGGAUAAUAAAAACAAAUACGACGAGCUUGAGAGUUUGAUAGAUUGGAACACACCUUUAUUAAGUCAAGUGGGCAAGUUAAGUGAUCGAUAUUGGCAGUGGGUGAAUCUACCGGUAAACCGACCGAUACGAUUAUUUCAAUCAAAUAUAUUGGAAUUUUUAACAAUCACACCAUGGUACAUGAUACCGAUCGUAUGGAUCCCUAUUUGUGCAUAUUUUCUCUAUACGGGAUUUAGUCUAAGCAUUAUUCGUCAAUUUCCAAUUUUUUCUUUAUUAGAAGGCCUCCUUGCCUUCACGGGAGGGGUAUUAUUGUGGACAUUUGAGGAAUAUCUGUUACACCGUAAAUUGUUUCACUUCAGGCCGCCAGGGAAUUCGAAAAUACUUAUCACGUUACAUUUCCUUCUUCAUGGUUUGCAUCAUAAGGCACCUUUUGAUGGUCAAAGAUUAGUAUUUCCACCUAUAGCUGGUAUUAUCAUAGCAAUUGGCAUAUGGAAAUUGUACAUAUCGAUAUUUCCUGAUUUUAUAGCCAACUUUAUUAGUGCUGGAACAGUUGCAGGAUACUUGUGUUACGAUUUAACGCAUUAUUAUUUGCAUUAUGGUAAACCUAAUGCCAAAACAUAUUUUUACGAUUUGAAGAGAUAUCACAAUUAUCAUCAUUUCUCGCAUCAUGAUGAAGGUUUCGGUAUUAGUAGUAAAAUUUGGGAUUAUGUUUUUAACACAGAUAUACGUUUACAGGAGCUGGCAAAACCAAUAGAAUGGUAAUUUCCUGCUUAUGAGUGAUAAAUGUAAUAGAAAAGUUUAUACCUAACAUGUAAUACGCUUUCAGCUUGGCUAUUGUUGUUUCUGAUAGAAAAUAUUACUUAAGUACUUUAAGCCAUAUUGCUUAAUAGAUAAAGAUGUUUAAAAACGAU